GCGUCGGUGGUCGCCACUCGUCACCCCCACCGAAUCCUCCUCCUCCUCCCCUGUUCCUAGAAAGUCCCAGGCGAAGAGGAGAAUCUCACCUCACCCUACCUCACCUCACCCUCUCCCCGCGGACGCAGUCAACGCGGGAGGCGCAGCACGGCACCGCAGCUUCUCCUCCCGCUCCUGCUCCUGCUCCUCCCCCUCCCGUCGCCGAGGGCGCCGCCACGGCCACGGCGCCGGCGCGUACCAGGUCCGCGGGCCUCUCCAAGGGACCCGAUAAGCCUCCCCCUCCCCCGUCCCGUCCACCACCUAUAACAAACGAGCAAACAAGGCAAGCGACAGCAGGAAUCGCGAGGAACAGCGCCCGCCCAAUCCACCCCGACACGCUGGGAUCUUUCUUUCCUUAGCCGAUCGGUCAACGCCGCGGAUUUUAUUCUUCCCCUUCCUUCCUUCCUUCCCCCGGGGCUCCGGAGGUUUCCGUAAACCCGUCGUCCGUCGCCGCGGCGCCCCCUCCCCUUCUUUCUUGCAGGUAUUGACGAGCAGUCGUUCCAUUCCGACACCCCUCGGCACUGACUGGCUUCUGAUUUUUGAGGGCAUUUGGAUUGCACAUCAGUUUGCUGCCUUUAAGCAUUUGGUACCUGAUUAGUUGGGACUUGAGGAGUUCUGCUCAAGGAACUCCUCAGUGAGGUUUCCUUGGAUUAUGGGAGCUUUCUGUUCGUGCCUGCAACCUGAUUAUUCUGACCACCAUGGGAACCACACUUCCUCGGCGUUUAGGAACUGCAUGUGCCUCAGAUGUUUUACCCAGCAGCUCAUCAAUGCGUACACUGUUUUGUUCCGAGCUGGAGCAGUGCACUCUGUUUCUCAGUCUAUAGAAGCCACCCCAGUGGAUUCAACUGAAAGUUCCUUUGAUACAUAUCGUUCGCCCCCAAGACCGCUGCCCUAUGACGAUCCACGAUUUUCCCCUCCUGCUCGUGACUGGUUAAGGCAUGAGAGCCCAAGCCAUUCCCCAGAGGAAUCAGAACCGCUUAGAGCAAAUGGUGAUGAUGAGGAAAUGGAAACACCAAGCAGAAUUGACAAGGCAAGUAAAACAAACUAUGACACAAAAAUGAAGAUAUGCAGCUCUGCUUAUGGAGAUAAGGUACCACCAAAGGGCCAUGGAAAUUACUUCAGCUACUUCUCCCCAUCUGCUGAAGAUGAAGAUGUCUGCCCAACAUGUCUUGAAGAUUAUACGUCUGAGAACCCCAGGAUACUGAUGCAUUGCUCACACCAUUUCCACCUUGGCUGUAUCUAUGAGUGGAUGGAAAGAAGUGAGGCAUGCCCUGUCUGUGGAAAUAAAAUGGAAUUUGACGAGACAACUUAAUCAUCUGUCUGGACUUUACAUCUUGGAUUAACAACCUCAAAUGGCACUCUGAAAGACAGGAGGUCUAGCCCCAGGAAGUUCUCUGUAAAUACACCCUGUAAAUAUUGAAUCGGUAGUGCGCUCUUCGCCAUACCAGUGUUCUUGAAAUGCUGGAUCAGUGCACAUAAACAUUCUUUUUUCAAUUUCUUCCAAAUAGUCGGCUGGUGAAGGUUUCCCCUUUUCCUGUCUGCGCCCCUGCCUGGACAGGGUUUAGAGGUGCUGUGAUUGUUGGUGAUAGUAUCAUCAGAAAGCUGUAAAUUAGCAACAUGUUUUCAUAUAAUCAUAUGAAGUCCCACGCAUGGUUCUGGUGGUUCUUGCAAUAACUAUUUGGCUUCAGAUAAUGACAUGCCGGCAUAGUAGUGGUGAGGCGUUAGCUUCUGUGGUGUUGAUGCUAAUUGUAAUCCAUGGUGUGGCAUUGAAGUGAUCAUUGGAUCGAAUUUCUGAAGCGUUUGUUUCCGUGGUGUCGCUAAUUGUAAUCCAUGGUGACAUAUCAAGACUGAUGGUACUUUGGUACUCUUCA